GCAUGGAUGGGCUGUACUCCAUCGAGAACCGAUUUUCAGCCAGAUGCUCAUUCGGACCUAUUCCGUCCGCCGGCACCGAUUCCAGUAACCAUUGGAUCGUCGGUAGGAAGGUCCCUCCAGUCGAAUCAAGUUUCCGUAGGAUUCAUUUUUGACCGAUUUGAAUGUUUUGAUUUCUUAGAUUUCCCAUGUUUUCAGAACGACGAUGGAAUUCUAAACAUCGAUUGGAUCCUUGAAAUGAUUUCCAGUCGUAUCGCAGUAUUAAUGUCACAACGUUUCAUCAUUGAUAUCGUGCCCACAGUGUCAUCAAUUUUAAAAGCGGAAGGAUUUCGAGCGCGUACUCAAAGCAGGUCACUGGAACAAUUUGAGAUGAAGCAUAAAAUCGCAUUUGCCAUCGAUGUGACAGUAAAGGAUGAGCAAUCAUUAACAAGAUUGAAUGGAGAGGCUAAUGGAAAAGAUGAUGAUUCCAAAAAGAUCAAUCCAGAAUUGAAUCAAAUGAUGAGGAGUGCCGAUGACAUUGAUCGAGGGAAAAUAGAGAAACGAAUAGCUGAAUACCACACAGCCGCCGAACCAUUCAUCAGCUAUUUCCGAAAAUCAAAUAGACUCAUUUCAAUGACACUGACCACUGAAGCUGUCCCAAAUCUCGUGAACACCACAAGAGAGACACUUUUAAAACUCGGUUUCACUAUCACUAGGAAAGAUGAUCAUGUUAUUUGUUUUACUACUGAGAACUCACACGAUGAGAUAGAUUUUCCCUACUAUAAAUUGAAAGUGGUGAAUGCUUCGGAGCUUAGCAGGCCUAGUGCGGAUUUGAACGCCCAAAUCACUGCCGUCUACCGAUACAUCUCCAGUCACGGCCGUCACGAUGACAACUUCCUCGUGGUGGUCCCAAGUUUUCAGAAUCAGAAAACUAAAGUGGUAAUUAAUUUCAUGGAGAAGAAAAAAGAAGUUUAUUUGGACGAAUUCAUCAAGAAUAAGCAACACGAUAAACCACCGAAGACGAGAAUCCGAAUAUCCGUAAAUUCCAUCUCCUCAUCUCGUCAAACCUUUCUUUUCUUCGAACCAUUCCCACAAAGUUUCGCUUGCACCAUUUCAAGUAUUUAUCGCGAACAAGUAAGCAUU